AUGCCCUCAAAAAUACCAGUGUUUAUUCUGCGGUCACCCUCUCUUACUCUUCUCCCUCCUCCUCCUCCUCCUCCUCCUCCCCCUCCUCCUUCCCCCCCUUCCCCUAGCCCUCUCACUCUUCCCACACCGCCCCCACUCCCCCCAUCCUCCAGGGCCAGCAGCAGCAGCAGCAGCACUCCACCCUCCCUCCCUCCCUCCCUCCCUCCCACCCUAGCUCAGCUCAGCCCCUCCUCCCCGUGUCACAGUGCUUCACACCCACGGGUCGCCCCGUCGACGGGCGCCCCUAGAGCUGGCGGCCGCGCCGAGCGAAAACUUGUGGGGCGGCGAGCGAUGCCCUGUGGCACGCCGGGGCGUAACGAGAUGGGAGGUCUGGCAUCAACUGUCGCAGUGUCCUUCGAUACUGGGCUGGACCUGGACAUGAGACUGCCCCUGUCUAUUUUAUUUCGUAAUUGA